CCAACCCUCUCUUACUCUUAUCCUUUUCCUUCUCUCCCUCAUCGUUGUUCAUCGCAUCAGGAUCCAUCGGCGUAGUUCAUCUCCUUCGAAGUUUCGGGGGAAUUGAUUGAGAGUAGUGUUUUACUCGCGGAAACUUCUAGCUUUUGUUUUCUAGCAAUUCCGAGGACGGUACUCAUUCGCUUCUCGCCUUUUCUCCAGACAGUCUUACUCCUAGUGGGAGGAGAGAGGAAGAUGUCGAAUAGCAGGAACACCCACUGGUGUCACAGAUGCAGGCAGCCGGUCAGACUGCAAGGACAAGAUGCACUUUGUUCCAUCUGUAGUGGAGGAUUUGUUCAAGAACUUGAUGAUAUGGUGCGUGUCAGCCCUUUAGAUUACUUUGGACUGGACAAUGAUGAAGAUCAUGACCAGAGGUUUGGGCUUAUGGAAGCUUUCUCAGCUUUUAUGAGGCAGCGAUUAGCAGACAGAAACUAUAACCAUGAUAUCAGGGGGAGAUCAGAUCCUAUUCCUGAGGGAUUUGGUCCUUUGUUGGUUUUUGGAGGUCAAGUUCCUUUUAGGCUGGCCGGAAAUGGUGAAUUUGAAGCUUUUUUUAAUGGGACUCCUGGAAUUGGGUUCACACGAGGACGAGGUAAUGCUGGAGAUUAUUUUAUUGGUCCUGGAUUGGAGGAACUAUUUGAACAGCUCUCGGCUAAUGAUCGCCGAGGUCCUCCCCCAGCAACCAGAUCUUCAAUCAACGCAAUGCCAACCAUCAAGGUCACACAGAGGCAUCUUCGUUCUGAUUCUCACUGCCCUGUCUGCCAUGAAAAAUUUGAGCUGGGAUCUGAAGUAAGACAGAUGCCUUGUAACCAUAUGUAUCACUCGGACUGUAUAGUGCCAUGGCUAGUCCAGCACAACUCAUGCCCUGUGUGUCGCCAAGAGCUGCCACCACAAGCAUCCGGUAGCAGCCAUGGCUGUCAAAGCUCAAGUGGUCAAAGUAGAAGCAGCACAAACAAUGAAAGAGAAAAUGGUAGGGAUAAUCAAGGAAGACGGAAUCCAUUCUCUUACCUUUGGCCAUUCCGCUCCUCAAGUUCUGGCUCGAGGCAUAAUGGAACAACCAGAAACAGCUCACCAACUAUGCAUGACAAUAAUCACCAAAUGGGGUAUUCUGGAUGGCCUUUCGACUAGGUUAUUAGUUAUUACAGUGCUCGGAUCAUGGCUUACUUUCUCUCUCUUUGAUAAUAACUUGGUGCCUGCAAUUAUAGUAAACACCUUCUUGGAGUGGAAGUGGUCUGAACCCUUGAGUACUCUCGAGUCUGCUGUUUAAAUGUGAUUAUACCUGUUUCUACUUUGCAACUUCUUAUGUAAAUGACUUAAAUUUCCCGUACUAAUGUCUAGUUUGUACCUUCUCUUCUUCUGCAUGGGUGCUUUUUUAUGUUUGGAAAAUAAGCAACGAAUGUGGUAUUUUGGGAAUGUAAAAAAGAGUACCUUCUCUUGCUUCUUGGCA